AUGUCGCGCGCCAAAGUCUCCAUAACGCUGGGCAAAAAAGCAGACGACGUACGCGCACGGCCCUCUCCACGCGCAUUUGCAUUCGAUGCAGACGUGGACACUGAAGCACCCCUGCGUGGCGAUGCGCCUCCGCCAUCCAAGGCUGUGCGUCGCCAGCAAGCGGAAGCGGCGGCGUUGGAUGAGCAUGUGUUUGACUACGACGAUGUGUACGAUAAAAUGAAGGCAGUUGAUCGGCAAAUGAAAGCCGCGUCAAAGGAAGCCGAUAAAGGGCGCAGUCCAAAAUACAUGAGCAACUUUUUUCGCGCUGCAGAGCUGCGUGAGCGCGACCGGCUGCGUGCAGAGUCAAAAAUGAUUCAGCGCGAGCGCGCCGCGGAGGGCGAUCAGUACGCGGACAAGGAGUCGUUUGUAACGAGUGCAUACAAAGAGCAACAAGAAGAGCUUGCACGCGCCGAAAAAGAAGAGCGGAUUGCCGAGGAGCGCGCGCGGCGCAGAAGCAAAGGCGUUGCGUCUUUUCAUCAAGAUAUGCUUAAGGAAGAGAGCGCACGGCGGCAUGCCGCCGUCAUGGCGCUACAGAAUGAAGUUGCUGUGCAUGAGGCGCACGCACCCGAGGAAACGGAUUUGUCGCGCGUGGAGCGGGCCGUGCAGCAAGGGAAAAGCGUCGAGCUCAACGACGAGCACCAGAUUGUGGACCGCCGAGAGUUGCUUGGGAAGGGAUUGAAUAUGAUGAAACGCAAAGCGGACAAUGAUACGGAAACAGCAGCGAAACUUGCGCCGCGCGAAUCUGGCCGUGGAUCUGAUCGCGCGGCCCGUUCGCAGCUGAUGGAAGAGGCACUCCUGGCGAGGCUCGGCUAG